CAACGACAGAUGGAGCUCAAAGCAAAUAAAAAUUCAUAUCUUCUGAGUUAAUAUCGUUUGUUGAAUUGUCGUUUUGUCUAAACUUUGUACAAUUUACUAAUUAUGUCCUCUAAUUUUUUGAAAAUCUUUCAUUCCAUCUGUAAAUCAAUCAAAGAGGAGCCAAGAGAAAGAGGGGAUAAUAAACUUUCAGAAGACUUCUUAUCCCAGUUAGUCUAUUUAUUUGGCGAUGAUCUUGUCAAUGCAUUUGAUUUAAUAGAUAAAAAGCGUAUCUAUUUAGUUCGAAGUGACUCUGGAAGGCAAGUCUUCAAAGUCCUCAGCAAAGAUGGUGCUAAUUAUUAUAUCUGUUAUACCCAUGCUUACUAUUGUACUUGCCCAGCAUUUAAGCACAAAGUGAUUACUUCCGACUUGGUAAUGUGUAAACAUUUAACAGCAACUAGGAUCGCUGAUGCUAUGGGCUUAGUGGAGAUUGAAAAUAUUAACGACCAACAAAUGGCUGCUUUAUUGUAGUAAUUAACCUGGAAUAUCAACUUGCGGAGCAUUAAAUAAACAUGGAAGAAGCAAGAAUCCUAAAUCUAAAUAACCAAAGACAUCUUAAAAGUUAAAAUUUAAAAAGGUAGCAAAGGUGAAUGGUAGUCGGACCAAUGACCCUUGAAUGGAGGAAAGAUGGUGGACAAGAGGCAGCCCCAGACGAAGGUGAAGAUGAUAAUGAGUGUUUAAAAGACUCUUGGACUUUCAAAGAGAUACAGUGUAACGGGAUUGACAUUAAAUGGAGAGAUUGAGCUUCAAUUAA